GGGAGCGCCGCCGAAAACUCGCGAAUCACCACGCAGCCCAAGCAGAGCCUUAAUUUGCCUACGGCCUCUUUAAGUAGCGAGGCGCUUCCGGCCGCCUGGGCCUUACUGCGCUGCGUGCGCCUCCGGACGGCUCUCGGGUUGUCUCUUGCGCUGCCCGCUAUGCCGGAGCCGGCUAAAUCCGCUCCCGCGCCCAAGAAGGGCUCCAAGAAAGCGGUCACCAAAGCCCAGAAGAAGGACGGCAAGAAGCGCAAGCGCAGCCGCAAGGAGAGUUACUCCAUCUACGUGUACAAGGUGCUCAAGCAGGUGCACCCGGACACCGGCAUCUCCUCCAAGGCCAUGGGCAUCAUGAACUCCUUCGUCAACGACAUCUUCGAGCGCAUCGCCGGCGAGGCCUCCCGCCUGGCGCAUUACAACAAGCGCUCCACCAUCACGUCGCGGGAGAUCCAGACGGCCGUGCGCCUGCUGCUGCCCGGCGAGCUGGCCAAGCACGCCGUGUCCGAGGGCACCAAGGCGGUCACCAAGUACACCAGCUCCAAGUGAGUCCCCGCCGGGACGCGGCGCUCGCCUGGGGCGCCGGCCGCUUCGCUCCAAAAGGCUCUUUUCAGAGCCACCCAUCUUCAUGCAAGAAGCUGUUCACGUACUGUACUGCGUAUGACUCCUCUAUUAUGUUUGGGGGGCUUCUUUUCUAGUACAUUAGAUUCAUGCCUGUUGUGUUCAAAAGUCCGUCUCUUUUCCUUUCUAGUUAAGCGAUAGGGUAGUUCAUACCUACCUACUUAGGUUGGUGAAAAACGAACUGGGGUGUAGGUAUAAUGUGGCUUGUCGGAGAGGACUGUUCUUGAAACUGGCUUUGGUUUUGCUACGUGCAGUUGAACAUGUACACUACUACGUUCGACUGAGAAAAGCUGUGUUGAUUUUCAUAAACUUCUUUAUGCACGAUAAGAUAGUCGUCAGGAUAAAACCAGCAAUCCUAUCUUGUUACUAGUUGGCAAAACGGUAGUGGUACUUAAAUAUUUAAUUAUGUAUGAUAAGAAGUGAUGGCUUUUAUA